AUGGAGACCCUCCACCCGAACGCGUCCUCGCCAGACGGCGCCGUCGGGACGCGGCUGCUCUCGCGCGCCGGAUACACGCUGCUGGCCGUGGUCGUGGGCGCGUUCUCCGCGGCCGGCAUCGUGCUCAACGUGCUGGUGAUCGUGGUGACGCUGAGGCACCGGCAGCUGCGGCAGCCGCUGAGCCUCGCGCUGGUCAACCUGGCCGUGUGCGACCUGGGCUGCGCCGUGUUUGGGGGGCUGCCCACCACUCUGACCAGCGCCAUGGGCUACUUCAGCCUGGGGCGCGUGGGCUGCGUGUUGGAGGCCUUUGCCGUGGCCUUCUUCGGUAUAGCCAGCCUGUGUACGAUAGGCAUCAUCUCCGUGGAGCGGUACAUAGUGGUGUGUCACCCCAUGGGGGCCGUCCUGUUCAAGACCAGGCACGCGCUGGCCGCGCUGCUGCUGUCCUGGCUCUGGUCGCUGCUGUGGAACGCGCCGCCGCUGCUGGGCUGGGGGCGCUACGAGCUGGAGGGCGUCCACGUCUCCUGCGCCCCCAGCUGGUCCAGCCGCGACGCCGGCACCGCGUCCUACAUCGUCACCUACUUCCUCCUGUGCUUCGCGGGGCCCUUCUGCGUCAUCGUGGUGUCCUACCUGCGGCUGCUGUGGACCCUGCGUCAGGUGACCAAGCUGCAGGUGUCCGGCGGCGGCGGCGGCGGCAUCAGCCGCGUGGAGGUGCAGGUGGCGCGGAUGGUGGUGGCGAUGGUGCUGGCCUUCCUCCUCACCUGGCUGCCCUACGCCUCCAUGGCCCUGGCUGUGAUCCUGGACUCGGGUCUGCGCAUUGACCCCGUCGUCGCCACCAUACCUGCGUUCUUGGCCAAGAGCAGCACCGUCUACAACCCCAUCAUAUACGUGUUCAUGAACAAACAGUUCCGAGGAUACGCCGUUCCCACUAUCCUGUGUGGGUGGAACCCGUGGGACUCGGACCCACAGACGUCUGAUGAGACCACUGUGGCUUCUGUCAGCAACAGCAAGAAGAUCUCCCCUGAGGAACCUUAAAUGUGAAUAUUAAUGUACAGCUCUGACAACUGUUUUGUUUAGUCGCUGUGAUCAUUAGUAGUUGAUAGAGAAUUAUGGGAUGUGUCCAAUUCGUAGGGUGUGGAGUCAAAUAUGGAACAACACAACAAACGUGUUGAAGUGAAUCAGAUUUGUACGAGUUUUUGUUUUUUAUUAAAGCCAAUGCCGCUGUAAAUGAAA